CUUGUCUGCAAGGGAAUCAAACCAGACCGAAGACCAUCUUCGUACUCUCUUCAAUUCAAGAGUUAAUAUAAGUUUUUCAAAGCUACCACCAUCCAUCUUUCUCUCCUUCGAUCUCCCAUUUUCUCCAUCUCCUUCAGUCUACAUCACCGCUAUCUUUGUACCUUUUCCAGCUAUUUUGUGUGAUACCUUUUGGAGGAUAUAAUGAAGACGGUAUUAGAAUUCUAGUGGACGAAUUUUCCUUUUUCAGAAAAGCGAACGACAAAGCUCCAGAUCUAUCGUUUUCUACUUUGUAUAAGCUGAAGAUCGUUUGGUGGAUAUGUUUUUGUUUUAUCUAAUUGUCUGUAAUUAGUUUAUAUGCUCUUCUUUUGAAUCUGUACCCCCGGGGAGAUUUUGCAGCUGCAUCUGUUGCACAGUUUUGAUUAAGACCUAGAGAAGUGUUCAUACUACAGCUGGUAAAUAUGGUGACUAAAGAGAAAGACGAAGAGCUGGCUCUGUUUCUGGAGCUGCGGAGGCGCGAGAAGGAGAAGGAGAAAGAAAAGGAAAAGAACAAUCUUUUCCUCCUCCAAAACACUGAUGACCUCGGCGUCUCUUCUUUAGCUGGAUCUUAUCAUAAUAAUAAUAGUAGUAAUAUUGAACCAGCUGCUUGUCCAGCGUCCAAGAUGAUGUCCUCCGUGCAGCCCCGAAGGACCGCUGCUGAGAACUUUUUGUAUUCAGAGAACGAGAAAUCUGAUUAUGAUUGGCUCCUUACACCUCCUGGCACGCCCCUCUUUCCUUCUUUGGAGAGGGAAUCACUGAAAACCUUAAUGAGCCAACUUGAGGUGCCUAAUGCUCGUCCAACUGUUCUAAAAUCAAGGCUCGCAAAUUUCCAAGAAGAACUUGUUUCAAGGGGCAAAAUAGCACCUAAGCAUUCUACUUUGCCAUCUGGUCUGAAUUCUUCCAGCAGUGGUACUAGAAGGCCCUCAUCCUCUUGUGGAUUGAAAUCUGCUAGCAGACCUGCUACGCCAACUGGGCGGGCUACUCUACCAGCAACAACCAAACCUUCAAGACCAUCUACACCAACUUCACGGGCAACAUUGCCUUCCACUAAGACUGCUACUCCCGCAGUCAGAUCAUCAACUCCUACUAGAUCCCGUGCACGUUCUUCAACACCAACUGCUAGACCCUCUGUUCCAGCACGUUCCUCAACACCAACUAGUAGACCCUCUGUUCCAGUACGUUCCUCAACACCAACUAGUAGAUCCUCCCUACCAGCUCCAAAAUCUACAUCAAGAUCAGCAACACCAACCCGUCGCACAGCAACUCAAUCAAGCACGCCUACUGUAUCUAUUCCUGCUUCUGAUCAGUCUUCCUUGGUGUCAAAGUCUAGUCCCACAGCCUUGAACAAGGUAGCUCCAUCUCGUGGAACUUCUCCAACCGUGAAGUCUAGGCCCUGGAAACCAUCUGAGAUGCCUGGCUUCUCACUUGAAGCUCCACCAAAUUUGAGGACAUCAGUACCAGAUAGGCCUGCUUCAGCUUCUCGAGGUAGACCAGGAGCCUCAAGUGCUCGAUCAUCUUCUGUGGAGGCUGGUACUAAUGGCAGACCCAGAAGGCAAUCGUGCUCUCCUUCUAGAGGAAGGUCAUCUGUUGGGAAUCCCAGUGGUAAUAGUUCAACCAUACCUUCGGUACGCAGGGCACAUUCCAAUAACACUGACAAUGUGAGUCCAGUUGUAAUUGGAACCAAAAUGGUUGAAAGAGUAGUAAACAUGAGGAAACUAGUACCACCAAAGCUAGAUGACCAUCGGUCUGCCCAUACAGCUGGGAAGUUCUCUUCUCUUGACAGCUCAGGCUUUGGGAGAACACUCUCUAAGAAAUCUCUUGACAUGGCUUUGAGACAUAUGGAUAUACGGAAAAGCAUUUCUGGUAACCUUCGCCCGCUCAUGACAAACAUUCCAGCUUCCUCCAUGUACAGUGUGAGAUCAGGAUCUACAAAAAGUAGGACUGUAAGCAUUUCAGACUCUCCUCUUGCUACAAGCAGCAAUGCUAGCUCUGAGCCAAGUGUCAACAAUAUCUCGUUUUGCCUGGAUGGAAGUGAAAUGGAAGACAAUGAUGUCGGAAGUGAGAGAGGAAACUCCUCUCCCACCAGCCUGCAUGGUCGAUGACCAUGGGUUACACACACCACCAUUAUUAAUGCUCCCACAUUGCUUUUUAUAUGCUUAUUCACGAGGAAACUACCCGUUUCUACGAGAUUGUAGGAAAGCUGUAAAAUUUGUUGUGUAACAGACUGUUUAGAUUAUGAAAAUGUAUGGUAAUAGGAACGUGUAGCCUUUUGCA